UCUUCUAAAACCUUUAAACCAAAGAAAAACAUUCCGGAGGGGUCUCACCAGUAUGAGCUGUUAAAACAUGCAGAAGCCACGCUUGGAAGCGGUAAUCUCCGGAUGGCCGUUAUGCUGCCAGAGGGUGAAGAUUUAAAUGAAUGGGUUGCAGUUAAUACUGUGGACUUCUUCAACCAGAUCAAUAUGCUUUAUGGUACCAUUACAGACUUCUGUACAGAAGAGAGCUGCCCAGUGAUGUCAGCUGGCCCAAAAUACGAGUAUCACUGGGCAGAUGGGACAAACAUAAAGAAACCAAUCAAGUGCUCAGCACCAAAGUACAUUGAUUACCUGAUGACUUGGGUCCAGGAUCAACUGGAUGACGAAACACUAUUUCCAUCCAAAAUAGGUGUUCCUUUCCCAAAGAACUUCAUGUCAGUGGCAAAGACCAUUCUAAAGCGUCUCUUUAGAGUUUAUGCUCACAUUUACCACCAGCACUUUGAUCCAGUAAUCCAGCUACAAGAAGAGGCACAUCUUAACACAUCCUUCAAGCACUUUAUUUUUUUUGUUCAGGAAUUCAACCUUAUUGACAGAAGAGAACUGGCUCCACUUCAAGAACUGAUUGAAAAACUGACCUCCAAGGAUAGAUAAAAGGAAGUGGAUUUGUGGAAAUAGCAAGCGUGUGGUAUUUCUGGGGUUUUUGUUUGUUUGUUUUGUUCUGUUUUGAAAACAAAACAAAACCUUGUUCUGUUCUUACAGGCAGCCAAGAUCCAUUCUUUGUGCUUUUAUUAGGGGAAAUCUUUGUCUUUUAGUGACAUGCAGUAAAUGACUUUUUUUUUCUCAUUGUGGAUUUUUAGUAGAUUUUGAGUGUUUAUAGAGGAAGUAUGCUUGUUGGGAGAUUUGACACUGCUGAUGGAUGGGUUCUGUUUUGUGUCAAUUGUAGCCCAUUCUCAUGAAGUCCCUAAAAGAACUUACAUUCUCUAAGUGCCUUGGCAGACUCACUUCUGAGGUGCAAAGCACACACAUUACUGAACAUUGCUGGAAACAGAAAAUAUAACCUACCCAGGACACUUACUGAUGCUUGGUUUAGAAUAUAUAUGCUUAAAGUACAAAAGCCAUAACUUACUUAAAUCAGUGAUCUCCAGCUUUUAAUACACAGCAUCACCAUUUUUUAAGAGAGAUGAAUAUAAAGCUUCUCAAAACUAGGUAUUUCUAAAAAAACAAAAAAAGUAAAAAUAAAAAAUUAUAGUGAUGGUGACACUUCAGCUCAUGUCCUAGUCACCAGACCUAAAUGAUAACGAUUUUAAAACCAUGGACAACCCAGGAUAGCAGAGGGCUGGCUCUCCAUUCCACUGUAAUUUUGCACUGCUUGUUACAUAUAUUUAUUUUGUUAAUACAAAUAUCAACUCAGGCCAGCCUAAUGUACUGUAAGGUACAUUACUUCCUUUAAUAAAGUUUCCUAGUAUUUCCCAAAUGAGCCAACCAAUUUGCAAAAGUGUCUUCAGUGAGAAGGAAAGAUCUAUUUAUUCAUCAUCAAA